ACCAUAGCCCAAAACAUGUAUGAUAUGGGCUUUGAGGUCAAACAAGUCCAAGAACUAAGAGAGCGAUAGAAUUAGGGUUUAUCAGCGCCAUUUUUCCGCCUUUUACAACUCACAUCACAUUACCUCCCGUUCGCUCUCAUCGUCGCUUGCAACUAUGCCUAAGCAAAUCAACGAGAUUAAGGAUUUCCUUCUCACCGCCAGAAGGAAGGAUGCUAGGUCAGUGAGAAUCAAGAGGAGCAAGGAUGUGGUUAAGUUCAAGGUCCGUUGUUCCAAGUACCUUUACACACUCUGUGUGUUUGACAUUGAGAAAGCCGACAAGUUGAAGCAAUCACUUCCUCCAGGUUUGAGUGUUCAAGACCUUUAAAGGCAUUGGAUGAGAGAAAUCAAGGAGUUAUUUGUUUCAUUCUUGUGAUGUCUGUUUCUUCUGUAGUUGAAUUUUGAGAUUCUGAGUUGGACUCUAAUGAGAUCAUAGCUAGGACAUGGUUUUGUAAUGAGAAAUUUAAGAUUUUAAUGCCUUAUGAAAUAGUUCUGUGAUGUGGAAUUAUAUAUGUGAUCUUCUCUUUUAUUUUUA